AAAAUGCCUUUGAUUCCCUUGAUUUAAACUUUUAAACAAUUAAAACCAGAAACAAAUUUAAAAUUGUACCUAAAUUUUUUUGUUAAAAUAAAUUCUAUACCAAACCAUGGAUAUGGACUUUUCUACAUAUGCUCAGCUCUCAGGCGUUUCCUAUAUGCCCACUCCCGAGGAAUACUAUCCGCAGAUGAGGGGCGGCAUGCAGCAGCAGCAACAAUGCGGCGACUUUGACCAGGGAUCCAGCCGGAUGUCCAAUCAUCAGCCUCCUUCAGCACCUGUCCAAAAUCGGUACCCCCAGAGGUCUAUGGACAUGUCCGAUGGCUUUAAAGCCGAUCCCUAUCUCCCAGUUCGCCCUCAAUGCACUAGUUCCUCUGCAUAUCGCUGCAUGGUGAGGGAACAAAAACGAGCCAAGGAAAUGAUGUCCCGCAACGGGUUAUAUUCCCCUAUUGAAGCCUCUGCGCGUUACAGUGGCGGAGAUGACAAUUACUAUUCAAAUUAUGCUGAGAGCAACAGGCGAAUGGAACCUAGUGGUAGAAAUUCUUAUUGGUGAAACCUAUUUUGUUGUUUACUAGUAGUAAAAUUAAUUAAAAAUGUGUCAUUAAAGGUUUAAUAAUUGAUUUCUAA